AUGGGUUUGCAAUAUUUUACUCAAGGAAAUGCUAAUGUCUUGUUUGAAACAGAUUCUCAAUCAUUAUUACGAAUAAGUAAAAGGUUUUCCAGGUUGUCUGAGAAUAAUACGUAUACAGCAACUGUCAACACACAAUUCAUAAAGUCUAUAAUCAACAAAAACAGUACCGCCAAUUUACCAUUUAUUCUUUACGAAUUAGUUAAAAUAAAGCCACAAUAUAACCCUAAUAGUGAUUAUGAGAGGAUUACCUUAUAUUUGGCGAAUUUAGGUAUACUUAUAGAUUCAGAUGAAAUCAUAGGGUUUAAAAUACCCAAUCUAUUUUACAUUGAUAAAACCAUUACCUCUAUAAAUGAAUACAAAACUAUAGAAGUGGAUCAUUACACCAAGAUACACGUAUCUCUAAGGAGUAUACUAUGGGAAUGCAAACCUAAAUGGGAAUAUUUUCAAAACAAACUCUCGGUCAACAACACGGAUUACACAACAUACUUUUGCAGAAACUGUGCCAAUAAUAUAAUAAAAAAUAUCAAAACACAGAUAUGCUACUGCAAUGUCGUUGAAUUUGAUAAUACUCAUAACAUGACCACUAAUAACAGUAACAAUAAUAAUACUACAGAAAAAAUUACAUUUUUAAAGAAAAUUUUAUUGAAAUAUAACUUGCCCUCGGAUUAUUUGUCCGAUAUAACGAGUUACUUGAUUUUAAACGACAACAAUGUAAUCAGAUUGGUGUACAAAGAACAAACAAACUUAUUAGCUGCAUUACCAUUUUUCGAUCCUCAUUUGAUGACUUUAAGGGAUGUAUCGUGCUUUAUAAUAUGGAAGAGAGCCUACAAUGGCGACAAAAAUAUAAUUGAAAGUAGAAUAGUGGAUGUAGACUAUAAACCUUAUAAAAAGUCGUGGGAAACGCAAUAUUCUAAGAUAAUUGAGUAUUGCAGUAAAAAAAUUAUACACAAGGAUUCUUUUCAACAUGAAUUUUAG